CAAUCGCUGAAUCAUUAAGCACGAGGGUUUGGCAGAUGGUAGAGUGCAUGCACAUGUUACAUAGUUUCUGAAAGUGGUAGACGUUUUAUUCAUUUCGCCAAAAUGAGAGAAAUUGUGCAUAUACAAGCUGGACAGUGUGGAAAUCAGAUAGGAUCCAAGUUCUGGGAAGUGAUAGCAGAUGAACAUGGGAUUGACCCUACGGGGACGUACACAGGGGACGCAGACACGCAGCUCGAGCGGAUUAACGUGUACUUUAAUGAAGCUUCGGGAAACAAAUAUGUGCCACGGUCAAUUCUCUUGGACCUUGAACCAGGGACCAUGGAUUCAGUGCGAUCGGGACCAUUCGGAGCUCUUUUUCGACCGGACAAUUUUGUGUUUGGCCAAUCAGGAGCUGGCAAUAACUGGGCCAAAGGUCAUUAUACAGAAGGCGCGGAACUAGUUGAUGCCGUACUCGAGGUUAUCCGGAAAGAGGCGGAAAACUGCGAUUGUCUUCAAGGGUUUCAGCUGACACACUCGUUAGGGGGUGGAACUGGGUCUGGAAUGGGAACAUUGCUCAUCAGUAAGAUAAGAGAGGAAUACCCAGACAGAAUCAUGACAAGCUUCUCUGUGAUGCCAUCUCCAAAGGUCUCCGACACAGUUGUUGAGCCAUACAAUGCCACAUUAUCCAUACAUCAACUUGUUGAAAACACAGAUGAAACGUUCUGUAUCGACAAUGAGGCUCUAUAUGACAUCUGUUUCCGGACACUCAAACUUACCACACCUACAUAUGGGGACUUGAACCACCUGGUAUCUGCAACAAUGUCCGGUAUUACCACUUGCUUAAGGUUCCCUGGACAACUUAACGCAGACUUGCGUAAACUUGCAGUAAAUAUGGUACCAUUCCCUCGUCUUCAUUUCUUUGUUCCCGGCUUUGCACCUUUGACAUCACGUGGCAGUCAACAGUACAGGGCACUAACCGUUCCGGAACUAACCCAACAAAUGUUCGAUGCUAAAAACAUGAUGGCCGCAUGUGAUCCAAGACACGGCCGUUAUUUGACUGUGGCUGCUAUGUUCCGUGGACGCAUGUCAAUGAAAGAGGUUGACGAACAAAUGCUAAAUGUUCAGAACAAAAACAAUGCAUACUUUGUAGAAUGGAUUCCAAAUAAUGUUAAAACGGCCGUUUGCGAUAUUCCACCACGUGGUUUAAAAAUGUCUGCCACAUUCGUUGGUAAUACGACAGCAAUUCAAGAAAUCUUCAAGCGAGUAUCGGAACAAUUCACUGCCAUGUUCCGUCGUAAAGCUUUCUUGCAUUGGUACACAGGCGAGGGUAUGGAUGAGAUGGAGUUCACGGAGGCGGAGUCGAACAUGAACGACCUGGUGUCCGAAUACCAACAGUACCAAGACGCUACGAUCGACGAAGACGAACAGGAAUAUGACGAAGAUGAGGAGGAAGCUGAUGAAUGAAUCAGACUUUAAUUAUAUGUGCUUUUUUGCUUAUAGUGCGUCAUGUAAAGUCAACAUAUCAGUUUAAUUUAAAUAAUCGUGCAAGACUCAGAAACAAGACGUUUCGUGGUCAUUCGCCGGAAAUGUUGCCCAUAAAUACGCCGAAAAAAACAGAAGCACCGUUUGUCAUAAGGUCUGAAUUAAAAUAUAUAGAUAUUUGUAAAGAGAGAGUAACGCUAAGAAAUAAAGAAUAUUGAAUAGUUUAUCAUCUCUAUUCUCAGAUAAGUCAUGAUGCUUUCAUGAAGUCUUAUCUCUUAUCCGUGAUAUAGUCUUGCAAUGAUAGCAUAAUGCAGCUGUAAUAGAGUCGUAAUAAUGUUGUUUAUAUCUUGAAAGUGCUUUAAAGGCAGACACAAUUGUUAGUUACUUGGAUGAUAGUAAAUUGAUAGCAGACUUUUAAUUUAAUAAGAUCUGUGGUAAACAUUUUGUUGCAUUUUAUUAUCUUAGAAACACGUUUAUAGUCGCUCAUUGCAAAGCAAUAUUUGUUUUGAAUUGACCGAGUUUAGAUUUUCUCCGUGCAAUAUAUUAUUUUUUAAUCAUUUACGUGCUCAGUGGUAUAAUUUUUACCUUUCCUCGACUUGGACUAAUUUACCUCGAAUAUUAAUUUGAUAAGAAUCUAAAUACUCCUUUCUCUGAUAUACAUUCGCUGUACAACCUAUAAUAGUCCCGAGUAGAUGCAUAUGUUAAUUUAACUUUAAGACGAAAGUUUUAGUCACUACAUUGACUAAAAAUACUGCAGUAUUUCGCAGAUUUGGCAGUAAUUACUUUUAUAUACAUGUACUUUUAUUUGCUGCCGAAAAUAAAUUUGUCAAAACAUUGAA